GUCACCACGUAGCUUGCGCGCUCGCUCAUUGGCCGUCCGGACACGCGGAAGGCGCGCCAAUUUCGAAGUUUGAAAUCGGGAGCGUGAAGAGAGAGGCGGCGGCCCCGCAGUCCAGAGCGAAUCUGGGUCCUGAGAGAUAUUUUCACGGCGGUUUGUACGGCUCCCGACGUCUGGUUUUGGCUUUCCGGAUACCAGAAUCUGGCCAGUUAUAAGGUGCGGGUGAAAUGGAGCCUUUUCUGGAGACAUCGUGUAGCAGACCUGAUGCUUUGGAGCUGCACACCCCAGACAGGAAGGGUGUGGAGGAUGGAAUCGGUGUGAUGGUGGGACAGAAAAGGCAGAGAGCCCUUCUGUCCGAUGAUGAGGAGACCAGUUUGCCCAUCCCUAAGUCGCAGGAAAGUUCUAAGCGGCGAUGCUUGGAGCCGGUGGGAGAUGAAAACAUUGACCCCCUGCAUCGCCGGCCAGGGUCCCCUGAGAGGUGUCGUCUUCGACAGCUGGAACAGGAAGUAAAGCCAGAUACCCCAGCGGUGUCUUCAGUUCGCACCAGACUACAGUGGCUGGCGCAUAAGCAGGAAGAUGGAGCAGUGCCACAGAGAUGCCUGUCAGACCCUGUGCAAGGAGAGCCCACCUGCAGCUCGGAGCUGCACUCCAUAGGUAAUGUGGAGUUCCGUUCCCGGGUGGAGCGCUUCGAGCUGCCGCCUCCGCAGAGCCCGGCUAUCUCCACGCCCCGCUCCCAGGCGCUCUCCAACCUCGCCCGCUCUGUGCAGCAGAAACUGCAGAGCGCCGACACACCGAGUUCAGUCCGAGCCUCCCGCAUUCGCCAGGAGCGGCAGGAGGAGCUCCGUCUACUGCGCUCGCAGCCAAUUGCUGAGAACGCUUGGAUGAAAAGGAGCCUGUCGGACCCCUCCCUGGCUGAGGGGAACUCGCUGCUGCUGUCCUCACCACGAGUGGCUCCUCACUACAGGAAGCUGCAGUGGCCACCUUUGCUUCCCUGGGAUGUUGAAGCUUCUGAGAACAGAGCCAGCAAUGAUGAGCAGCCCAGGCCAGCAUGCAGUGGCAACCCUGCUUGCCCCCUGGAACCUAGUAAGGAGCUCCAUUCUAAUGCAGAGAUGCUUUCUUCAGGUGGUCAGCAGGAGCAGAAGGUGCCUUCACCAGAGGAAAGGCAAAAAGUACCGGCUGAGAUGCUAGAAGAAUCAGCUUGCUUCUUUGGAAAGCAAGAGCUUGAAUUUCUUCCAAGUGAUAUAGAAUUUGCAGAAGGUCAGCAGCAGGCAGGGUUGGAAUCCCCUGGAGGAGAAGAGCAGGGUGGGGAGGAGCGACAGCCUUGCUGUGUAGUGGAGCAGGUUGAGGGGGAAGAAGAGCAAGGUGAGGAGCGACUGCCUUCCUGUGUGGAGGAGGAACAGGUUAAGAGGGAAGAGCAGGGUGAGGAGGCGCGACAGCCUUGCUGUGUAGAGGAGCAGGUUGAGGGGGAAGAAGGGCAAGGUGAGGAGCGACUGCCUUCCUGUGUGGAGGAGGAACAGGUUAAGAGGGAAGAGCAGGGUGAGGAGGCGCGACAGCUUGCUGGUGAGGAAGAGGAGCAGCCCACUUGUGAAGAACAUCAGGGACAAACAAAGGAGACUUUCAGUGUGGAAGAGCAGGGCCAGGUAGAGGAUCCUGGUGUAGAAGAACAAAACGUUCUCCAUACGGUGUCGCGGGGACAGAAAAACGUUGCAUCUGUUCAGGAGUCCAAGAUUUUGUCCAGAGUGUCUGAGAUGAAGGAAGCCCCAUCAGGUAAAGACCUGAGUCAGGAGGAGAUGAGCACCUCUGGGAUGAUUGACCAGCUGUUUGCUGGAGUCCUGGAUACUGAAGAGGAAGAGGAGGACAAGAGAAUGAAAGGACACUGCGACUCGGAUGCUGCAGAGGGGAAAGGGGAGGAAAUGGGCCUUGGCACUGAGGAUGUUGAGCUGGAGAGUAGGUCGCUGGACAGCAGUACAGAUGAACUGUUGACCCUCCCUCCCAGCUGCAUCCUUUCCCCGCUCAGCAAGUCUGUGGAAGCCGUGGUCACUCCUUUGAGACUUGCCUCCAGCUGCCUGCCUGAUGUCGCCUCUGUGAAUUGUAUCCCAGAACGGCCCCAUAACCCCCCAUCCUCGAGCGCCCCGCUCUACAGCAUUGAUGCAUACCGCACGCAGCGGCAGAACUCCCAGCAUGCCGUGCACAUUGUCACUCCGACCACAAGCAGGAGGAAACCGCAAGCAUCCUGCCCCCAGCCACCGAUCAAUACCAAAGACAGGAUCAAGGCUCUCAGCGAGGAGGCAGCUAAACUGCAAGCCGUCGUCACGCAGACCCUGCAGGCGCUGAGCUGCUGCACUGACGAGGACCAUGGGAAGGGCUCCCUGGUGGAGGCUGAGGCAGAGAAGCUUCUGCUCGUCUCCUGUGAGAAGCGCACAGCCCUGUUGGCUGAGGUGGCACAGCUGAGGGUGGGAGUUGAGUCAGGAGAGGCGGUGACAGUCAGUCCCUCUCAGGAACCCUGCAGGGGCACCGUCACCAUCGCCAACAUACAGCUUCCCCUGAAGGUGGAUUUUGUCUGCUCCUCUCUGACGCUCGCAGGUCGACCAACGCACUAUUUCUUUGUUCUGAUCCGCUACGGGGCCUGCAACAUCGUGGCCUCUCCCCUGGCCACAGCAGCUGAUGCCCAGACUGGGGACAGCAUCUCCUUCCCUACCUCUGUCACUCUGCAGGACAUCCGCUCCAGUUUUGAGAUCGAUGUGGAGGUCUACAGCUUGUCUCAAACACCAGGGAACGCCAAGAACUUCAACACAGAGCGAUUCUCUACCAAGUCUAAGGUUACUCCAAAGAAGUUUUUGAGCUCUAUCAAGAGAGCCAAUCACAAUGCAGCAUCAGCCGCCCUCACAUCUGUGGGUCCCCAGCGUUCCAGUAACUUCUGCCUCGUGGGCUCGCACAAACUCACCCUUGCUUCUCUGGGCCAGACCAAAUUUCCGCUGGACAAGAUGAAGUUUGAUGGCAAAGUCAGGAAGCUUCUCGGGGAUGAAUUUCAGGAGAAGGUGCCGUUCUUGUCACCACUGGAGGGAAACAUCUAUUUGCAGCUGAACUGUGAGAGCCAUUCCAAUGUCCAACACAAGGGCUUCCUGACCAUGUUUGAGGACGUGUGUGGGUUUGGGUCAUGGCAGCGCCGCUGGUUUUCACUGGAAGGGAACCUGCUCUUAUACUGGAGCUACCCCAGCAGUGAGCGCAGCAAGCCUCCAGAGGGCAGAAUCAGCCUAGCUGGCCAUGCUUAUCAGUGUGUAAGGCUGGUGACGAGGGACUCCUGUGCACGACCACACACUUUUGAGCUUGUGAGCUCCAAGGCCCUCCAGGAGGAUAAUGGUGUCACACUUGACAAGCACUGGUUCUCAGCUGACACGCCUGAGGAACGGGCCGAGUGGAUGGAGAAACUGAACCAGGCUCUUCUGGAUUUGCACACAUGGACUUACUGUCCAGGGGGCCCAGAGCCCCCCAGGCCAUGCAGGGAGAGCCUGCUGUAAGCCGCACUGUCAGCUGCGCCCCCAGCCUUGAGUACCCUGGGUAGGGAUGGCAGGGCCAGUGUCAUGGUGGGUUAAUCUGCAUGCAGUGCAGGCAGUGUCCUUUGCUUGUAUGUUUUACUAAGGAGUCGGCUCUUUAUCUAAUAACGUGCGUUUUGAUUUUCAUAUUGGGAGAGAUUUGCAUAAUGCCUGUAAUCAAUUUUCCAUGUUUGUUUAGUGGGCCCAGUUUUGAUUAGUGUUACUUUUAUUUCCAGUUUUACCUUUUAAAGCGUCUUCCCAGUUCCUUGUACUGUUUCCUUUCUGUUAGUCCUUUGGAUUACGAUGGUUAUGAUGACCGCAAUGAUGAAGGCAGGCUGCUGUAGGGGCUUUGCUGUGUGUGUUUUGUUUUUCUCUCAGUUAAUCAAUACGUCCUGACAAAUGGUUUUUACACCCAAGGUGAUCGUAAUGUGCAAUAGGUAUGCAUAUGAAAGCCCCUCUAGAAUGAUCCGCUGCUUCUGGACUCCAGGCUGCGGAGUGCGGUUUUGCACGGGUGUGAAGAAUCGUUGAUCUGUCCUCCUUUGGACAUCACUGCUAUGCAUAUGUCUUUUUUUAUGUAUCUGUUCUAUGUAACACUACAUGUGUAUAAGAAUAAACUCUUAUUGCAGAGGA